AUGACAUUCAAUGACCUUGGCGAUAUGGGGCGAAGAGAGUUUCGACGGGCGAGGACUGAAUUUGCGCCGAGAGCACCCACUACUCGCGUGGUUAGAAAGAGCGAGAUCCAGAGCUCCCUCGACUUCAUUGCGCCUGAGCGGAUACCCAGCGAAAUGUACAAGUAUGUUGAUUGCGGAAAGAUUUGCCCACAAUAUCUACUCGCCAAAAAGGCGCAGCUCUUUCCAUAUUGAUAGCCUAUCCUCGUCUAUUUUCCGGUGGACCAGU